UGAUUAGUUAGUACAGGGGGUAAUUAAAUUUAUAAGCCCAUCUUAAUAAGACCUUCAUAAGACCUUCGUAAUUAAAUUUAUAAGCCCAUCUUAAUAAGACCUUCAUAAGACCUUCAUAAGACCUUCGUAAUUAAAUUUAUAAGCCCAUCUUAAUAAGACCUUCAUAAGACCUUCAUAAGACCUUCGAAGGUCGUGCUAUUUAGGAGUUGUAUUUCUUUCACUUAAAAAUGAAUUCUACUUGUUGCUGUUGCUGGGAAAAGUAUGGCGAAAGAUCAAAAUCAUUGAAAAAAAUGAAUAAACACUUAGAAGAACAAAUUCAAAUGUUUAUCUUUCCUGGAUAUUCGAUGAACAACGAUUGCUAUCCAUCAGUUGUUUGUCCUGGUUGCCGAAGAAAUCUUUACAGACUCAAAAAGGGAGACUCACCUCGUGGUGAAUGGGGAGCUAAGGUUACCAAGGUAGAGUGGAAAACCCUUUUGAGAAAUAGCCCCAGAACCAGUCUAACUCUUCCAGAUGAGAUAACUAAUUUUCCGACAACUAUGUCAAGUAUAUGUUCUUUUUGCUAUUCAUUGCCUGCACCUGGUUAUUCUCAUAACUGUACACCCACCAGUGCUGUGGCAAAUAUCAUUACAGUGUCAUUUCUUCUAGGUUCUCUUCAAGUUGAACAGGUUGCUUCUGGAAUUAUAAAAAGUAAAAUGGCUACAGAAAGUUUGGUUGACGGAUCAACAUUUUGUUUAUCUACAGGAGGAAAUCCGCUAAAAGUCACAGUUGGUACACCAGAAAACAAAUCUAAAAGAACUUCUAUUAAGCAGCUUUCCAUCGAAAUAAUAAAGCAAUUACAAAUUGUGUUAGAACUUUCAAAUAGAAAAACAAAAGAGAUGCUUUCUACUUUACGCAAAGGUAUAGGAAAUAAGCUUUCCAUUGAGCCUAAUAUUUUUUGUCGUCUUUCUGAAUUAGAAGAAUAUAUUUCUAAUUACUACAGUGUGCAGAAGUGCGAGUUAAUUGAUAGUAAAGGCCAUUUAAUUUUACGAGAUCUUGUAUAUGUUCAAAAUACAUCAAAUUUUGUACUUGACUUAUUAAAAUUGCGUGGUUUAGACCCUACUUCAGCCUUUAUAAGAAUUUUAUUGGAUGGUGGAGGUUCAUUUUUUAAAGUAAUCAUCAAUGUCUUUGAUUGUCAAAAAGAUAAUGAGUCAGACGAGUACUUAAAUAGUGGCGUUCAACGGUCUCAAUUUUUAGCUAUUGUUGAGGAUAUUCCUGAAUCUAACUAUAAUUUGAGACUUGUUAUAGAAAAAUUAAAUUUGCAAGAUGUCAGUUUUUAUGUUGCUUUUGACUUGAAAUGUGGAAUUGCACUGUUUGGUUUAUCAGGACAUUCUGGGAAAAAAGCUUGUUUAUGGUGUGAAGGAAUAUCUACAUUAAAUUUAGGGACAAAACGAACUCUUGGCAGUAUUAAUUAUUGGUACAAUAAAUAUUUAGAAAAUAACUCAGUAAAAUCAUCCAUGCAAGAGUUUAUGAACUGCAUCAAUCCUCAAAUUUUAUAUAUUAAUUUAGAUCCAAAUACUUUAAUUGAGCAACUCAUUCCUCCACCUGAACUUCAUUUGUUAAUUGGUUUUGUUUCACUGCUUGGAAAUUUUUUGUUAGAUGUCUGGUCAGGAUUUGAUGAUUGACUAAAGUCAAAAAAUGUUAUUCAGCGAGGGUACCAAGGCAGAUUAAAUAUUAGAAAAUCUGGAUUCUCUUGAAACACAAAUUUUAGAAACAUUUACUUGUUUGAUUCCAAUUGUACAGUGUUUGAGAGAUUUUAGAAAUGUAAAAAAUUGUUGCUUUUCCAGCAAUUUACAAACUGGCUUUAAAGAAGCAAUAACAAAUUUAAAGAAUUCAUUUCUUUCCGCACAAGAAGUUGCAGUAAAUUUAAAUAAACAAAUAAAUACAACAUGGAAAGUCCACAUUCUACUGUGUCAUGCACAGCCAUAUGUGCAACACCAUAACAAAGGAUUGGGUAACUUUGCUGAACAAUGUGGAGAAAGUAUUCAUGCAAAGUUUAAGCCAACAUGGACAAGGUUUAAGAGACAAAUAGAGCAUUCCGAACAUGGUGACAGGCUAUUAUCAGUAGUAGUUGAUUUUGG